GUGUCUGUGUUGUUGUUCGGCGGCGGCGGCGGCGGCGGUAAGAUGGCUGCCCACGGGGGCUCCGCGGCGUCGUCGGCGCUGAAGGGGUUAAUUCAGCAGUUCACCGCCAUCACCGGUGCAAGUGAAAGUGUAGGGAAACAUAUGCUUGAAGCCUGCAACAAUAAUCUGGAGAUGGCAGUCACUAUGUUUUUGGAUGGUGGAGGAAUUGCUGAAGAGCCCAGUACCAGUUCAGCAAGUGUCUCCACUGUCAGACCACAUACAGAAGAAGAAGUUCGUGCUCCAAUUCCUCAAAAGCAAGAAAUAUUGGUGGAACCAGAACCUUUGUUUGGUGCUCCUAAAAGGCGACGACCUGCACGCUCAAUAUUUGAUGGUUUCCGGGAUUUUCAAACUGAAACUAUUCGGCAAGAACAGGAAUUAAGAAAUGGAGGAGCAAUAGAUAAGAAACUAACUACCCUUGCUGAUCUCUUCCGGCCACCCAUUGAUUUGAUGCAUAAAGGCAGCUUUGAAACAGCCAAAGAAUGUGGCCAGAUGCAGAAUAAGUGGCUCAUGAUAAAUAUUCAAAAUGUUCAAGACUUUGCCUGCCAGUGCCUCAACCGUGAUGUGUGGAGCAAUGAAGCUGUGAAGAAUAUAAUCCGGGAACAUUUCAUUUUCUGGCAGGUUUAUCAUGACAGUGAAGAAGGUCAGAGAUACAUACAAUUUUAUAAGCUAGGGGAUUUCCCCUAUGUUUCUAUUUUGGAUCCACGGACAGGUCAGAAGCUAGUAGAAUGGCACCAAUUAGACGUAUCUUCUUUCUUGGACCAAGUAACAGGAUUUCUGGGUGAACAUGGACAAUUGGAUGGACUUUCUAGCAGUCCCCCCAAAAAAUGUGCCCGUUCAGAGAGCCUUAUAGAUGCGAGUGAAGACAGCCAGCUAGAAGCUGCCAUCAGAGCCUCCUUGCAAGAGACACAUUUUGAUUCAACACAGACAAAACAGGAUAGCCGCUCAGAUGAAGAAUCUGAAUCUGAACUUUUUUCUGGCAGUGAGGAGUUCAUAUCCGUUUGUGGCUCUGAUGAAGAAGAGGAGAUAGAGAAUCUUGCUAAGUCCCGAAAGUCUCCCCACAAAGAUUUGGGGCAUAGAAAAGAGGAGAACAGAAGGCCAUUAACAGAGCCCCCAGCCAGAACUGAGCCCGGGACAGCCACAAACCACCAAGGAUUACCAGCUGUGGAUUCAGAAAUAUUGGAGAUGUCACCUGAAAAAUCAGAUGGAAUAGUAGAGGGCAUAGAUGUAAAUGGACCAAAAGCACAGCUGAUGUUGCGGUACCCAGAUGGAAAAAGGGAACAGAUUACUCUUCCAGAACAAGCUAAACUGCUAGCUCUGGUGAAGCAUGUCCAGUCUAAAGGAUAUCCAAAUGAACGUUUUGAACUUCUCACCAACUUCCCUCGAAGGAAACUCUCUCAUCUGGACUAUGACAUUACAUUACAAGAGGCAGGCCUUUGUCCUCAAGAGACUGUCUUUGUACAGGAAAGAAAUUAACAACAUGGCCUGACCUCUCUCAGCCUACCCCUUUUUUCCCUUUUCCUGUGAGAUACCAUGUCACUGAGUAUGCAUUUUGGCUCAUAGGACCAUGGAGCCAAAGUUGGGCAAGCAAGUCACCUGCCUUUUCUUAUUUCUUGCUCUUUCCUAUAAUCAAUCUCUUAAUUCCUUCUCCCACCUUUUCACCUUUUUCUCUCCUUUCCUAUUUUCUUUCUUUCUUUCUUUUUUUUUUUUUUUUGACUUUAUCUGGUGACCAAAUGGAAGUAUAAGGAUAAGACCUCCUAGUACUGGCAGCAGGAAAUGUGUGUUCCAAUAAGUGGUCUCUUGCACAGCACUUUUUCAGGAUCAAUUGAUGUUACUCCUCAGACUCCUUUGGUAAAGGAAAGCCUAGAUUUGGAAUCAGAACAUCCUUUUUUUAUAAGCCCAUUUUUAGUAGGGAAAAGAAAUUCUCUAACA